UCGAUUUUUGUUCAUAACCUCAAAUCUGGAUUGCAGUUGUAAUAUUCAUUUCUGUUCUUGGGCUUCUAUAAGAAUUUGAGAAUUUAGUGGUUGCAUUUGGAAAUAUCUAAAUAAAUUAUCAACAAACUAGAUUGCAAUAUGUACUCUUCGAAGAAAGUGACACAUCGUUUAAAUCAGGCAGAUUUGAAGUGUAAAAACUAUCCAUGCGAGUAUUAUGGCAAUAUUGAAUGGGGUGGUUACUGUUCAAAGUGUCACAGAGACUAUAUACAAUCUAAACGACAGAAGAACUCAUCUGCAGCUCUAUUGACAGCUUUCAAAGAAGCUACCAACAGAGAAACACCAACCUCUAGUGAGAAACAGCUGCUCCAGAAAUCGCCGCUAGCAGGGUUUGCAAAAUUCGAGGAGAAGAAACGUCAUCGAACUGAUAAGCGAUCAAAACUUCUCAAGUUCAGCGGAUUCCGGAAAUCGUCCAAUGCUAAAGACGGCAGCCGCAUCGAGCAAUUCGAUUUCGGACCGGCGACCGACGAGGUGGAGCGACUGCGAGCAGAACACGUGUCACUGUUCGCCCAGGCUGGCCUGCACGUGGAGUUGGACCUGCACCGACACGUGCACUCGUUCUACGGCAAGCUGUGUGAAGUGGCAGACAGUGGUGAGGUCGAUGACCUCAGCGAGCGUGCGCAGAACUUCUACCAGAUGUUCAACAAGCGCAUGGACGCUAGCACUACUUAUGCCUCUGUCAACCAGGACACCAAGGAACAACUGCUGGAUUACAUGGAGAAGUGCGCUAUGACGUGUCUCUAUCGGCUGCUAUUCUGUCCUGCUUCCACUAAUGACGAGGAAAAGGAUUUGAGCAUUCAAAAGAGGAUUCGACAGUUGACGUGGAUAAACGCAAAACAUAUUGAUUGUGGCAUCGAUGAAACUAAUUUGGAAGUUCAAGACUUGGUUUACACUUCUAUAACAGAACUGCUAGGCAUGGACUCAGCCAAGGCCCCCCAGGACAAGUUGAACUGUGUGGUGCGCUGUUGUCGCAACAUCUUCACACUGCUGAAGAACCACGUGGGUGGCCCGGCAUCAGCUGACGACUUCCUGCCGGCGCUGAUAUUCGUGGUGCUGAAGGCCAACCCGGCCCGACUCAAGAGCAACAUCAACUACAUCACAAGAUUCUGCAACGCCAGUCGUCUCAUGUCCGGCGAGGGCGGAUAUUGUUUCACUAAUCUGUGCUGUGCUGUGUCGUUCAUUGAGAACAUGGUUGCCGAGAGUCUGAACAUGUCUGAAGAAGAGUUCGACCACUACAUGUCAGGAGAGGUUGUGUCAAGCAGUACAUGGGAAUCGGCGCUGAUUAUGUGUGAGGGAAUGCAUUUGAUGAAGGAAAAUAUGGUGAUCUUUGGCGAGUUACGAAUUACCUACGAUUCGCUAAUUAAGGAAGUUGGAGACCUGAAGGGCCAGCUAGAAACAUUCAAGGAAACUAUCACAAAGCAAGUAGAUAAUGUGAUUGCACAGACACCCCUGGUUUUGAAACCGAAGAAAACUCCAACUGAAAUAGAUGCUGAAGAUCCAAAAAUUGCUGAAUUGCCACCUCCAAUGGUGCCUGAGAAAGCUCCCGUCCUGACUCCGAAGCAGUCGGCUGAUAGGGCACCGACAUCCCUGACGUCGUCACGCACUGCACUGACGUCAUCACCGUUUACACUGACGUCAUCACUGCUGUCAUCACCGACGGCACUGAUGUCAUCGCAUCAGCUGAUGACAAAACUGACGUCGCCUGGGCUAAUCGGCGGUCACUCGCUGACCAUACCUGACACGUCGGCGUUAACCGCUGUUAACUACGACAUCGAUCUGUCAGACAUAAGCGCUGAUAACAGUCAGGCUGACGAGAUGAUCACGGACCUGAAUUUGUCAGGCCUGCACUCAUUGGAGACAGCCUCGCUUCAGUCGCUAGACCUGACCACCUACCACCCUACGGCGUCGCCCGUUAACCGGCCUCACUUCAGUGCCGGCGCCAGCCUUAUAGACGGCCAAGACGUCGAGACGCCUCUGCUGCCAGCUGAACUGGGUCUGCCGUCGCCUCUCAAGCCGCAGCCUUCCGUCGAGUUCCAGGCAUUCUCAGCACACGGAUCUCGUAUUCCCAGCAUACCUUGCGUGACAGGGUUCUCAUCAAUGCCUCCUCUUUCUAUACAUCUGCCACAGCCUCCUGAAUCUUCAACCAAUUCCAAACAGUUGCCUGACUUGCUUUGAACAGACAACGCCUAGCUUCCAACCUUAGACCAGUUAUAGAAUAGACACGCCCCAUUGUAUAUUCAUACUGAAAGUCGAUGAAGCCAAUAUUUACUGCCAUAUCGCCAAAUCGUGACGUCAGCAUCGGAUAGAAAACUUUUCUGUAGAGUUUGUUUACAUUGUUUUCCAUAGCAGAUUGUGCUCAUUCCAGCGGGAGUUUACCAUUUUAAUGAAUGAUAAUUUACAUCCUUCUAAAAUAGACACAAUCUGAAAGUUUUCUAUCCGAUGAUGACGUCACGAUUUGGAGAUAUGGCAGUAGAUGUUGGCUUCAGAGGCUAGACUUCCCAGCGUGUCUAUUCUAUAACUGGUCUAAGCUUCCAACCUAGUGUUGACUCAAAUUUAUUCAAUCAUUCACUAUUGUACAAUUUGGAAGUAAUUUCCCAAUUAUUAUUUGCACAUCAUAGAGUUACCAAUUACUGUGAGACUAACGGUCGGUGCCAUAAACGUCGGUUAGUUUUGAUCUUGGUUAAACGUCUGACGACAAUCAAAAUUCUAUCUUUGAUUGCCUUGUAAUAUCAGUAAGUUUUUUUUUGUAGACGAAACCUUAUAGGAAAUAACAUAUUCAUUAAUCACAGAUGCUAUAUAUUAUCAGAUGUUGAAUAACAAUAUUCAGAACCUAUUCAAAUGAGGUAUAAGGCCUUUUUGUUUCUUAUUUGUGUUUGAAUAAAAAUUGAAUUGAAUUGAAAGAAGGGGAAAAAUGAAUUGUAGAGUCGUUUUGAGCAUGCUUUCGUGAAACAAUAAGAACGAUUAUCGUUUGAAUAAACAGUUCUUAAGAACUCUCUUAGUCAAGCACGCUUUGGGAGCCAAUCAGAAUCGUUGAACCAGCUACUUGAAUAUUUCUGAUUGUUUUCUGUCAUUUACUGGUAGGUACUCAAAGCUUGCUUGGCUGAAGGCGUUCUUGAGAAUCGUUUAUAAAUACUGUCCUUCAGAUUUGAUCUCUGAUAACUUUGUUGACUAUAUAUGUUUUAUUGUAGAUCAGAGUUACUCAAUGCCAAUAACUGAUGAAUAAUUAAUUUGUCAAUCAAUGAAUGAACCAAAUUGCGUGAAUUCAUUCUGUCCUCCUUAAUAGGAAAAAAAUCAGAAUUAUUUAUUUAUUUAUUUACAUUACAAUAUGAGGGCACCAGGAAGAAAUACUUCUCAUAAUAGCCCUCUUGACACAACAGAAAUUACAAUUCUAAUAUAUUAAUAGUAUGAUAUAGUAGGCCUAAAAGUCUAAUCUAAUAUAGAAAAUUCACUAAAUUAAA